CUCCUCCUCCCUCUUCCUAUUUUUCCUCCACCGGGUCUACUCUCUUCCCUCUUCCCUCUUCCCUCUUACUCCAUUUUCCAAGGUGGCUCAGGAUCACUGCACCCUCCUUCCCCUUCCACCACCUCCUCCUGCUAAUCUACUCCUGCUAGCCAUCUAUCUUCAUAGACCUUUCAAUGGAAAAAGCUGAGAGGGAAACUCAUGACUUCAUGAACGUAGAUUCCUUCUCUCAGUUACCCUUCAUUCGCCCUGCGCCCGUUAAAGAAAAGGGCAUUCGACUCUUUGGUAUUGAAUUCGGUGGAGAUGUUGCCACCGCCGACGAGUCCGAGUCAGUCGAGACCAACGUGACUGAGGAUGCCAAGGACAACGACAACGGUGAGAGCGGCCGAAAAUUCGAGUGCCAUUACUGCUGUCGAAACUUCCCUACGUCUCAGGCUCUGGGAGGCCAUCAGAAUGCUCACAAACGUGAGCGUCAGCAUGCCAAACGAGCACACCUCCAGACGGCCAUGGCGCAGAGCGGCAUCCCUGACGGGCACGUCUACGGCCUUGUUAAUUACCGGCAGCUGGGUUCCACUGCAACACCAACGCUGACCUACCGUUCUUGGACCAACACCAACGUCAUCCCUACUAACAACCGAUUUUACGGUAGCCACCAUAGCUCCUUCCCUCAGCAGCAACCACCCAUCAACGGCAGCCCCUUGGCCUUGUGGAGAAUCCCACCCGCUCAGAGCUCCCCGAAUUUCAGCAACCUGGACCGUUCUUCACUGCUUCCGUUGUUUUCAGAAGACGAUGACUCCAGACCAGCACCCAUCGGUGGUGGCUCUACUGCUACUCAUCAAGGGCGACAUAUGUACGAGGCCAAGAAAUCAAACGUACAAGACCAUGUGAGUUUGGAUCUGCAUCUGUAAUCCUUUAGUUCUCAUGAGGAAAGAAAAAAAAAAUGAAAAACGAAAAAAAAGAAACAAGAAAUUGGCAUUUUCUGAUCAAAUGCAUCGAUCUGUUUCUUUGCUUCUCAACCCAACGCAUGUGGUGCCUGUGCGAGGCAAUCUUAAGCAAACCCAUUAUUGUUUCUUGAGCAAAGUAUCAUAAUUUUAGUAUGAAUUAACGUAUAAAUGGAGUACUUUUGUUGA